AUGUUCAGCCUCGACUGGCGGGGGCUUGUGCUCCCCUUCGCCUAUCUGAUUGUCCUGACGGGCACCUUCAUGACCUUUUCCACAAUCUACCGCAAGAGGAAAGCCCAGCAAAGCGCAAACCUCGCACCAUGGUUCGGUCCUCACCUCCAACGCAACGUCUACCUGUCACUCCUCCACAUGGAGCCCGAGAACGGAUCCGAAAAGGCACCUAAAGUUCCCGAAAGUGUGCUCCGGGCGGCUCUGCUGCGCCGCGCUGUCGAAGACAUCCACCGUAUUAUCCAGAUCCGCGCCGCCAAGGCCGCCUGCAGCUCUCUUUUGCAGCGUGGAAGCAUCGGCGAUGAUCUGUGGCAAAGGUUCCAGCGUGCUGAGAAGGAAAUGGAGGAAGAGCUUCGUGAUGUUGUAAUGGAGGCCAACGCACUCGCUCCCAACUGGGGACAGAGCAUCUUCCAAACCGCCAACGAGAUUGCUGCCAACACUGUGCUGCGCGAGCGCCUUGACGAGAUCCAGGCUCAGGCAACACAGGAAAAGGAGUGGUGGGAGAAGCGCAGGGCCACCGUUAGAAGCGAGUUCAUGAAGGAACUGGAAGGGGAUGAGACUGGUACUGGUACCCCUGCGGACACCAGCUCAGUCACCUCAUCGCCGUCGAACAAGAAGGGCAAGAACUAGAGGUCACGUCCUAGCGAGCGGUGCAUGAGAGUGACGUGAGCAUCUCGCAUAGAGAUCUCCGGGGUGGCUGUACAAUAAGAAGAGAGGUAUGGGAGGGCAGGGCAGCGUGGGGCUGCGUUGGGCAAGCAAUUGCAUUCUUCCAUGGCGUUUAUGGGUUGGGACCUGCAGCAAAAUAUUCAAGGGUAUACUUUUUGGGGGGGAGCCUCUUCAGGUCGUUUACGGGUCUUGGUCGAGAUAUAGUACAGCCCACAGCGUCCUUGGGUUUGGGAUUCUUACGUAGACUUCAAUACCUACAUUGGUCAAUAUACGAAUGAAAGCG